GUGCGGCUUUGCUCGGAACUCCGAGAACGUUCAAAAUGGGGGUGGGGUCAGGGGGUAUAAAACCCGAUAUGGUCGGCCGCUGUCUGCUCACACCCGGGUAAGAUUUCAUCCCUGUCGCCUAGGCUAGUGCACUGAGCUCCAUCUUUGUUGUGAGGACUCGGAGGUGGUUUUUGUCUUCGAAAAUGGCAGGAAAAGACGAAAGAACGAUCCCCCUGUCCUUCUCGUCCUUCGGGGGAUUUUCUGAGGAGUGGAGGCGGAGGAUGUCGGAGCAUCAUCGCGCCAUGUUAGAGCGGCUGGAGCGCCCGUUCGGCGGUUUCCCAAUGUCAGACGACUAUGAGAGAAUGUUCGCUAGCCCGGCUAUCCCCUGGUGGCCGGGAUACGGCCAGCCGCCGCCCGGGCUCGCCAUCUGCCCCCCGGGACCCACCAGCCCCACCCCCGGGAUGCACAUCCAGCCGUUCUCCUUCCCGGGGGUGCCGCCCAGUCCGGACUCCCGUCUGGAGGUGGACGAUAAGAAGUUCAAGGUUAUGGUGGACGUGAACCAGUUCUCUCCCGAGGAAGUCAAGGUGAAGACCGUAGGGAACUACGUGGUGGUGCACGCCAGGCACGAGGAGAAACAGGACGAGCACGGAUUCAUCCAGCGGGAGUUCACCAGGAAAUACCUGCUGCCGGAGGGAGUGGACCCCGAGAAGGUGACGUCGUCCCUGGCCACAGACGGAGUGUUGACGGUGGAGGCGCCCACACAGAAGGCCCUGGAGCCGGCCGGCCCGGAGAGAACCGUCCCCAUCCAGAAACAAGACAAGCCAGCCGUGGAGGGGAAGAAGUAAACCAUGUACUAGUAACUUGAGUCACCAUUAUCACUUGUCUGUUUAGGCUUAAAACUUUUGUUCCAGCACAACACUUGACACUGUAAGGAUUUCGGACACUGAACAAGACUAUUUCUUGAGAGGGUGAAGGAAGCUAUAUACACAAGGGCCCAUCACCCUUCAUUGAACCGUGACGGGGGCUGACAUCGUCUACCAGAUACCUUUGACCCAGUGUUGACGUCACACUUCA